AUGUCUCUUUAUGUUGCUGCGAACGGUAUUCUGGAUACCCAUGUGACGUGGGAGGAUGUGGAAGCUGAUCUUCAAGAGAAACUUUGCACAAGGGCAACAUUCGGAGAUAACAAGAAAGCUGUCAAUAUUAGUGAAAUGAAGGGGUUCCUGUCGAGGAUAGCUCUAAUAGAAGCAGAUUGGCAAGGAGUUGAACAAGGAAAAACGCUUCCACAGAAGUUUGUAUUAAAGAUGCCGUCGGUGCUUCCUACGUUUGAAGUUACCAAAAUGAUGAAUUUAGAAGGACAAAUCGGGGAAAAGAAACUGAAAAAUUUGGCGAUUGCAAUAAAAGAAUGUCAUAACGCAGAGGUAGCAGCACUCAAAAUUCUCACCAAACUCGAAAACCCAGAUAUUCCUUUCACCAAAGUGUAUUCAUUGAAACCAUUUGACGAAGAAAAUCAGCUGAAAGGAUACUUAAUCACUGAAUACAUUUCAAACACUUACAAUAUGUGCAUACAUACAUCUAUCCCCGCCGAUGAUCUCAUCCCCGCUAUCCGAGGACUCGCCACGUUUUCAGCUCUCUGUGAACUGCUGCCAGUCGAAGAAACUCUGUUCGCACUGGGGAGGAAAGGUCUAGAACUGCAUUUCGAAGAGUUCUUUGAGGGAAUCGAUCCGUGUAAAAAAUAUGACAAGUUGCGAGAUUUGUUUGAUGAAGAUCAUGCGGAGAAAGCAACCAAAGUUUUUCUUCAUUACCAUAAAUUGCUUCCAAAAUAUACAAAUAUCGGUGAGACUCUGGGCUUCAAAAUGGUAUUGAACCAUGGAGAUUUGUGGCAAGGAAAUAUGCUAUGCAGUAAAUCGGAAGAUGGUCAUCUGAAAUUAGAAGCGUUGAUCGAUUGGCAGACUGUAACCAGAGUGUCGCCUGGACUGGAUCUUGCUAAGGUCUUGUGGGGUUGUCUUUCAGCAGAAGAUCGUCGUGAGAGAGGGAAUGAACUGAUAGAAUUUUAUCGCGACACAUUCACCAAAGUUUAUGGAAAGGAACUAUUCUCAUUUGAUGAAUUGUUGAAUUGCUACAAAUUCUAUGUACCAGUUGUGGCAAUUGUUAUUGUACCUGAUAUGAUGAUGUUCGAGAAUUUCGAUGAGGAGAAGAAAGAAGAAUCACCAAAAGAAAGGGAGAAAUUGAUUGCAAUGAUCGAAGAUUUUCUUGUCAUUCAUGAAGACAAUAUGAAGCGAUUCCCUGACUUUACGAUAAAUUGA